GACGGAAUUAAUUGACAAUCUCGUGGCCAGGGCUGUGAGCCUUUUUUAUGUGCGCUUUUUAAUGUGAACUCGCGAUCUCAUGCGCGAUAUGCGCGUGCGCUGCACGCUCACAUUAUUUUCUGGUGCUUUUUCGAUAGUUAAGCAACAUGUCUCACCACUCACGAGCUGAUCUGGACUGCAAGGUUUACGUCGGUAACCUUGGCGACUCGGCCGGCCGACGUGAACUGGAAAAUUCCUUCACGAGAUUUGGUCCCCUCAAGAAUGUCUGGGUUGCCAGGAACCCGCCAGGUUUCGCUUUCGUCGAAUUUGAAGACCCGAGGGAUGCCGAAGAUUCAGUGAAGGCUUUGGAUGGACACACUAUUUGCGGUCACCGCGCCGUUGUGGAAUUGUCCAACGGGGAGAAACGCGACAGGAGGCGGGGCCGCGGCCCGCGUCAGGCCAACUACGACGACAAAUGCUACUCGUGUGGAGAACGGGGGCACUUCGCACGGGAAUGCAGGCAGAAAUACAGCGAUGGCGGUCGGUAUAGUGGCGGCUCUUCCAGCCGACGCCGACCGGCCCGCAGAUCUAGGUCUCGCUCUCGUGAUCGUAGCUACUCCCCUCGGAGGAACUCGGAUCGCAGCAGGUCUCGCAGCCGUAGCCGUGGCCGAAGCCACAGCCGCAGCCGAAGCCGAUCCUACUCCAAAGGACGCCGCCACAGCCGAAGCUCAUCUAGGGAUUAGAACCACAGACCAGCCAAGUGGUGGACAGGAGGACACACCCAUGUACAUUAACAAUGCUUGAAUUUUUAUCCUGGUGUAAACCUCUCAUGAUAAAGAAAGAAAAUCUUCAACUAGAGAGGCAUUUAAGUCGUGCUCAUUCUUUGUUAUCUAAUCGAGAUUGUGAGAUCCUUAUUUCAGCCGUACAGAUUGAUGCACCAGUCAUUUCUGCAUUGACUCUAUUGGCUUAUUUUUUUAAACAUUGAGUAAUGAGAUGCAUAAAGCCUCAAUAAAUGUAUAAACUGCCUCGAACUGAAAAACAAAUUAUACCAAGAUAGUUCUGUUCAGGCACAUGACUUAAUUUUUAAUUCUUUGUCGUGUUUCAGUAAUAAGCAUAACUAUACAGUACAUAUACAUGGAAACGUUCCAAGUAACCAUUCCCUUCGACUCUUUACUUAAAUUCAUGAUAGCUUCUCUUUUUACAUGUUAUUGUGUGACUUGAACCUCCAGUGUAUGGUUUCAUGCGCCAAACUUUCUGAAAUUAGAGGAUUUAGUCUCGUACUGAAGCAGAAAGUGAAGAUUUUCCCAAAUUCUGAUUUUUACACUUUCAAAUUCCCAACACUCUAAUGAACUUUGAGGUUUGGUGACGCGGUAUGUGCUGCAUUUGAAAUGUACCAUAUCAUUCAGUGUACAUGUAUAUGUAUAAGCCUUCAUAUGUUUCCAAAUGUAGUUCAGAAUACUGUGGUUCAUUCAUAUGUAAUUAAUAUUCAUUUAUGUUUUGGCUUUGUCGUCGCACAUUGAACUAUCUUGGUAUCAAAGAAUAGAAUGAGGGAGUUAAAUCUGUCCAUUCACCCACCAGAACACUUUUUAUUCAAGCUACGUAUUUUAGACUUUUUUUUGUAUAAAUAAAUCGGCGACAUUUGAGUUCAGAAAGAAUAAUAGUUUUGUAGCUCAACAGAAUUUAAGUUUAGAUUUUUCUCUCUGUAAUUGUAAAUAUGGUUCUCUUCAAAACCCUGGUUAAUUUUGUCGCUCAACUUGUCAUUACAGAGGUAGGCACGGACCCCAAUUGUUAUUGAUAUUUUGGGCAGAAAGUAUCUGCGUUUUGGACCACAUUUUUGAAUUUGUAGAGGUGGGGCAAGAGUUGUGAAGCUAUAUUUUUUUUUGCAAAUCUUGGUCCAGUUUCAUUUUGUCUAAGUGUGAAAUAUUAAAAUCAUCUUAUAAAAAUCCAA